CUUCCCUCCUCUCACCGGACAUCAAACCGCUUCUCGACUUGCGCGUCUGGGCCGGACUCCUUUCUUUCCCUUCCCUCACCAACAACACCCGCCGGACCGCCCAUUUCCGCCACACCCCUCUCUCGUCUUCUCGACUUCCGCUCGCCGGUCGUUCUUAACCCAUCCCGUUCGUGAUGCGCAUAUAGCUGGCCUAUUCCCACUCCCGCCUCCGUCAGCGCUUCUCCGCCCGCCUACUGCAUACAAACGAUUGCGCUUGCGGCCCGGCUGGCUCGGCCAACUUCCUUCGUUUACUGCCGCAACACGAACGGCCCGUCGAGAACCCUGCCUUUGGCCUGCCCUCGUUUGGCAUCACCUUCUUCGCCUGCCGCCGCAUCGACCCUGGUGCAUCUCGUCGGCACUCUAUCAGCACUCACGCCCUCAACAUAGGAGACUUUCAGCGCCCCGCUGAUCUAUUCACCCAGCAGUGCUUUACCAUAUACAGGCCCACCAUCUCCUUGACGUUGUGCGCCGGGGCGCCCUCACCCUCGACGACACCCGACUCGCACCGCAUCGCAGGCCCCGGCCGCCUCGCCACCGCCGGCCAUGUAUUGGGUCCGACGCGGCACCAUCCUGGUGUCGCUUUUCCUCAUCAUCUCCUUCAUCGCCUGGUUCGUGCCUCGAGCCCUUGACCCCACGAGGGUGAGCCCCGAGCGAAGGGCACGCGACCGCCUCUGGGUCAACAGUAGUCCCUACUUCUGGGACCGCCAGCUAUGUCGUUGGGUGAGCAUCUGCGGCCUCAACCACCUGCGGCGAGAUCCUGCCGCCCUCUUCAGGCCCAAACCGUCCGUCGGCGGCGAUGAUGGCGAUGACGAGGACGCCGGCGACCUCGCGUUUGGAGAGCUUCGCCGUCGAGCGCUCGCCGCUGACUUCUCGCCUCGGUCGUGGGAGGAACCCGACGACCCGUCCGAAGACUCCACCGGUGCCUAUGUGCGGCAGCGUGCUGACACGAAGCGCAAUCAUACCGAGAGACGCAAGAUACUCAAGGACAUACCCGACUACGUCACCAAGUACGCGCCCCUGGUCCACCUAUACUCGGGCGAGCAGUUCUGGCCGUCCGAUAUUCGGGAACACAUUCAGCACAUGAACGUCUCCGUCAACGGCGAAAUGCUCAACUCUACCAAAAAGUGGACACUCAAUAACCUCAACAAACUCAACGAGCACCGUGGCUUUGUGGUGCUGCACAGCCUCGACGACGUCGAGACCCGGCCCGAGUGGCUCCACAGCCACUUCAAUCGUCCAGGCCCGUACCCCGACAACGGCGACGAGCACCCCAUCGUGGACGACGACGACAUGCCCAUGUACCGCAAAGAGCACACCAGCUGGUUUGACGUGGACAAGCAGCACCCCCUGCAUCGUAUUGCCGAUCCCCGGCCACGGACGCACCGCCGGCAACCCCGGUCCGAGCCGCCCCGCCUCGCGCGUCGCGGCCACAAGCCCGAUGCCGACGGCUACUCCAAGGCCCCCGCCGUUCUUGUCAUUGUUGACAAGGGCUCCGGUGUCGUCGACGCCUUUUGGUUCUUCUUUUACUCGUACAACCUCGGUCAGACGGUCCUCGGCCUCCGUUUCGGAAAUCACGUGGGCGAUUGGGAGCACUGCAUGAUCCGCUUUGAGAAUGGUGAGCCGCGGGGCAUCUUCUUCUCCGAACAUGAAGGAGGCCAAGCGUACGCGUGGGAUGCUAUCGAAAAACGCGGCGUCCGCCCCGUCAUUUAUUCGGCGGUCGGCUCGCAUGCCAUGUACCCGCUACCCGGCGAGCAUCCUUAUGUCUUACCGUUCCGCAUGCUCAAGGACGUGACGGAUAAGGGACCGAUCUGGGACCCCUCGCUCAACAACUACGCCUAUCACUACGAUUAUACCAAGGAAAAUCGCUGGGACACGCGCGAUCCUUGGGACGACAAGGUCAGCAGGGUGGGCAAGGUCGAUUCGCUCGUCCCCGCCGCGUCCAACCCCGACGCGCCCACAUCGUGGUUCCACUACCGUGGCCGCUGGGGCGACGAGGUCUACACCCUGGCCGACAUUCGGCAAUGGCGCCUCUUUGGCCAGUACCACUACGUCACGGGACCCUCGGGCCCCAAGUUCAAGCACCUGGAUCGUUCCAAGCUGUGCCAGAGCUACCGGUGCCGAAUCCUCUACAAGAUUGACCCCAAGAGGACCUGGUACUAGCGCGUGGGGCGAGGGCUGUGUGGCUCGGCUCCUUGCAUUGUUUUAGACCAAUACUUGCUGUUCUGACUGCGAUCAACUUUCACGCAUUACAAGAGAUAAAGAACGAGAUACCCCUUCAAGAGUGCGAGUAUCGGAGGAUUUUCUAUGGGUUUCAUUGUUUAGAAAGAGAGGCGGGGCGCGUGGGCUGCUUAGAGGAACAUUGAGAUUUUGGGAGUUGGAUGACACGCUGGACGGAAGGGGCGCAUUGUCUUUGUGUGUUAAACCUUGUUGCAAUCCGGAGAGAGGCGCAGUAUCGUCGUGGCGGCGCUUGGUCAGGUGAAUGUAUGGACCACUCCGUUACUCCAGGCGGGAGGAUGAGGAGCUGGGCUAGGCUAGGCUGGCAAGGCAGUCGAAAGUUGAACCGCCCUUGGAUUUGUUCUGGAUAUCGUUCCUGCACACGCAUUGGGUUACAUCCUCGCAAAAAUGUAUACCAGACCCCACGGAAUGCGAACCCAUAGAGGGAAGAGGGGAGAGCUGGAGUAGGGAUAUCUCGUCGCUUCUUGCAUGACGAUUACGAAGUGGGCGUUUGAAUAUACGGGCUGUGUUUUUUC